AAAUGUUCCUUUUUAAAUCAAAAGCAACUGCGACAACGAACUAGAACAAAUUUGCACUUUACUAAAUUUAACAAUUCAAGGUCAAGGAUGAAGAACAGCUUCAGACAUAUGGCUGUUGCUAAAAGCGAUUUGGGAUUCCGGCUUGUUGUUUCGUGUCUGUUGCUCCUCAUUACAGAUUGCCAGAGUGCUCAGGGGCAUUUCAACAAACAUGUUGCGCUCUUCAUUUUCGGUGAUUCACUUUUCGAUCCUGGAAACAACAACUACAUAAACACUAAUCCCAACUUUCAAGCGAAAUUUUGGCCCUAUGGCGAGUCAUACUUCAAUCCGCCAAGUGGAAGAUUCUCUAAUGGCCGUCUCAUCCCUGAUUUUAUCGCUGAGUUUGCUGGAUUGCCUCUCAUUCCUGCGUAUCUUGACCCCCUUUACCAUAAUAAAGAAUUUGGGUAUGGAGCAAAUUUUGCGUCAGGGGGAUCUGGUGCAUUAGUUGAGACCAAUGGAGGACUCGUAAUUGAUCUCAAAACACAGCUACAGUAUUUCUCGGAUUUAGAGAAACGUUUUAGGAAGAAUUUAGGUGAUGUGAAAGCCAAGCAGCUUUUGUCCAACGCUGUCUACUUGUUUAGCUGCGGAAUCAACGACUAUGCAAGCCUCCUGCGCAACAACCAGAGUAGUCAUCAUCAUCAGCAGUACGUUGAAAUGGUGAUAGGAAACUUGACAGAUGUGUUCAAGGAAAUCCAUGAAAAAGGUGGGAGGAAGAUUGGAAUGACUAUGAUCCCGCAAUUAGGUUGUUUGCCUAUAGCUCGUGCACAGCAGCCAUGCAAUACAUGCUACGAAGAAUUUAACACCAUAGCAAGUCUACACAAUCGAGCACUAUCCAAGAAAAUGAAAGAGAUGACAAAACAAUUUGAAGGAUUCAUGUUUGCAAACUAUGAUCACUCAACUGCACUUAGCAAACGGAUGAAGAACCCAUCAAAAUAUGGUUUCAAGGUAGGAGACAGUGGAUGUUGUGGUAGUGGUCCUUUACGAGGGCUUUAUAGUUGUGGAGGAAAGAGAGGAAUACGAAAGUUUGAAUUGUGUGAUAAUCCUGAUGAUUAUCUCUUCUUCGACUCUGCUCAUCCUAGUGAAGCCGCAUGCCGCCAAUUCGCAGAGCUGUUUUGGAAAGGAGAUUCCAAAGUCACAUCACCUUACAAUUUAAAAGCCUUCUUUUAAGUUACUUAUUGUUUAAAUUUAAGAUAUGAUUC